CUGCAAUUGCGCGUGAUGGAGAACUUGGAGGACCUUAAAGCUUACGUCGCUAGCGCAAUCGGUCUCCUAACUCUUUUAUUUUUCUAUCUAGUCCUGAGAAAGGAUCUAGAGGCGCCUGUCCCUUAUGAUGUUGCUCCACCAGCGCAGAUCCAGCCAGGAUGGAGGGGAGAGGUUCUGGAUGAGCCUUCGUUGAAGGUAUCCGGCUCCUCGGUAAUUCAAUGCUACGCUCCUGCAACCGGUGCCUCCCUGGGCCUCGUCAACCCAUCCACCGCAGACGGCAUCGAUCGCGCGAUAGCUAAAGCAAAGGAAGCGCAGGUAGAAUGGGCAAAGACAACAUUUGCGCAACGGAGAAAGGUCCUCAAGACUAUGUUGAAGUUCGUGCUGGAGAACCAGGAGACAAUUGCCCGCGUCGCCUGUUUGGACUCUGGAAAGACUAUGGUUGAUGCGAGCCUAGGAGAGAUUCUUGUCACGGCAGAGAAGCUGAAGUGGACGAUUGACCAUGGAGAGGCUUCGUUGAAGCCAGAGAGGAGGCCCACCAACUUCCUCAUGAUGUAUAAGUGGAAUGAGGUUAUGUGGCAGCCAUUGGGUGUUGUUGCGGCUUGUGUGAGCUGGAAUUACCCUUUCCACAACCUCAUUUCCCCAAUAAUAGCUUCUAUUUUCUCCGGCAACGCCAUCAUCGUCAAAGGCUCCGAAGCUACUGCCUGGUCUAGCAGCUACUUUGCAUGCAUCGCAACUUCCGCGCUGAUCGCGUGCGGCCAUUCCCCCAACCUCAUUCAAUCCGUCAUCUGCUGGCCGAACAUCGCCAACCACCUCACCUCCCACCCCUCAAUCGCACACAUCACUUUCAUCGGCUCCCGCCCAAUAGCACACCACGUCUGUGCCUCUGCCGCUAAAGCCCUAACACCCGUCUGCGUCGAGCUUGGCGGCAAAGACCCCGCCAUCAUCCUAGACGAUCUAUCCACCAGCAAUUUCAAGCGCGUUGCCAGCAUUCUCAUGCGCGGAACCUUUCAAUCCGCUGGCCAAAACUGUAUAGGUCUAGAACGCGUCAUCGCCCUGCCAAACGUCUACCGGAAACUCAUUGACCACCUCACACCCCUCAUCCGCGCCCUGCAGCCCGGCUCAAUCCUCAAUUCCUCCCCCAGCCACCCCGUCGACGUUGGCGCUUCCAUAUCCGCCGCAAACUUCGCAAACCUCGAAGCUCUGAUCCAAGAUGCCGUAGACCAAGGUGCGCGGCUGCUCGCAGGCGGGAAACGCUACAUCCACCCGCAAUUCCCCCAAGGUCACUAUUUCACCCCUACGUUCAUAGUCGACGUGACACCGACUAUGAAAAUCGCGCAAACUGAGCUAUUCGCCCCCGUCUUCCUACUCAUGCGUGCGGAAUCCGUAGGCGAUGCUAUUGCCAUCGCAAACAGCACUUCGUACGCCCUCGGCGCCUCUGUCUACGGUUCCAACUCGUCCGACCUGGAACGCGUAGUUCGUGAAGUGCACGCCGGGAUGGUGGCCGUGAAUGACUUCGCUGUCACCUACAUGGUGCAACUGCCAUUCGGCGGGGUAAAAGGGAGUGGGUAUGGCAGGUUUGCCGGGAAGGAAGGAUUAAGGAGUUUGUGCAACCAGAAAGCGGUUACAAGGGAUAGGUGGCCUGGGGUGAAGACGAGUAUCCCGCCGCCGAUGGAUAUACCGUUCGGGAGUAAGGGGAAAGGGGCUACGGAACGCGCGUGGAAGUUUGCGGAGGGAAUUGUUUGGUUGGGUUAUGGGGAUUGGAGGGGGAAGGUUAGGGGCAUCAGGGGGUUACUUGGGUUGUAG